GUUUGCUUCCGUUUAAGAAUGUUUUGCAACAGAAUUCGGGUAAUGAAUACGCCCCUGAGCUCUCUAGGUGUAGCUAAAUCCUUCGCUCUGCAACCCCGCUUUCUCUGGACAGCGUGGGAAAUUGGCCCAAUUACUGUAAUGUAAAACAAUGAUUAUGUCAAUUGUGUUUGACCUAUUCUAUUGAAUGUUUCUCAUGAAAUGUGUUACUAGCUGGUCCAUUGCCAAAUUCGAGCUUGACGUUCCCAUAUCGAAUCCCAGGACAACAGUAACAUCCAACGAUGGCUGACAAAGUGAAGGUAUUCUGUAUCAUGUUCAACAAUGAAGACAAGCGUGAAUACAGUGCUGGUGAAGUUCUAUCUGGACACGUUGUGGUCGAGGUGUCUACAGGUGUGUCGGUACAAAUCAUAGCUGUCAAAAUAUCGACCAGAGGAUGUGCCCAGGUCUGUUGGGGUGAAGGGACUCGACAAGCAUCAUCACCGCGCAGUGCUGCUAUAGCAAACACAUCAUCUCAGUGUGAGCGGGUGGAAUACUUCUGCAUAUCUCAAACUCUCAAAGAAACACCAGAUGGUGAGGAAUUCAUCAGUCUUGAUGAAGGGCAUUAUGAGUUCCCCUUUCAUGUGGAGCUCACUCAAACGCCCCUUGUUACCUCUUUCAAGGGGAAGUAUGGGAGUGUUUGCUAUGAGGUGACAGCUGUAUUACAGAGGCCCUUGAAUCAAGAUCUAACUGUCAACAGAGAAUUCUCUGUUAUCAGCCAUGUUGAUGUCAAUUCUCCAUGGUUACUGUCCUCUGUGUCUAUAAACAACAACAAGAUGAUUGGCUGUUGGAUUUUUACCUCAGGCCCCAUCUCUCUGAAUGUCAAUAUCAACAGAAGGGGCUACUGUAAUGGAGAGUCAAUCCCCAUCUAUGCUGUGAUUGAGAACUGUUCUUCUCGACUCAUCGUACCUAAAGCAGCUAUCUACCAAAUCCAGACCUUCAUGGCAAAUGGCACAACAAAAAGUCAUACAAAGUUGGUUGCGAGUGUGAGGGGUAACCACAUUCCAUCAGGCUGCACAGACACCUGGAAUGGAAAAACACUGAAGAUUCCACUUGUCUCUGCCUCAAUUCUCAACUCCUCAGUCAUCAGAGUGGAAUACUCCCUGGCGGUCAUGGCACAGAUACCAGGUGCUAAGAAACUCAAGGUGGAGCUUCCCAUUGUGAUUGGCAGUAUACCAUACAAUGGCCUUGACAGCAGAAGCUCCAGCUUGAGCAGUCACUUCAGCAUGGACAUGAGCUGGCUCGCACUGGCGCUUCCUGAAGUGCCUGAAGCUCCCCCUAACUAUGCGGAUGUGGUGUCUGAGGAAGAGUUUGAACUGCACAGCCCCUCUUACACUCAGUCCGAGGAGUUGGAGAGACAGCUUGGUGGACCAGCCUUUGCUUACAUCCAGGAGUUCAGGUUCCAGCCUCCACCGCUGUACUCUGAAGUUGAUUCCCACCCAGUCCAUAGCUAGGCUAAAUGUUAAGCCUCUACAUCAUCUGUUAAAGAACCAAAGUGAUGCCUUCAAAUUGCAAUGUUGCACAAUAUUUAUAUUGUGGUGGAAAGAGUGUAAUAUAGAGUGAUCAAGUCUUGAACUAAUUAAACUUUGGAUUCAAAAGCAGAUUAACAGUAUUUUUUGAAUGAUUAUAUACUAGGCUGUGUUGAGAAAUGGAGCCUACUCUUUACAUGACUGUUAUUAGAAAGGGAAUUACUGCACAGCACAUUGUUGUAGCAGGUGGGUGCAACAUAAAACAAGAUAAGGUGUGUUAUCUGCUGUAUAUAAUGUAAAGCACUUAGAGAUCUACUGAAACAGGUUUUGUUGUUGAAAUCUACAAUAGAUUUAUUCCUGUAUGUAGUGAAUCCUUUCAUGUUCAGGGUGUAUAAUAUAACAUGGGCAUUGUUUUUGAUACAUUAACUAACAAUACAUGUUCAGGGUGUAUAAUAUAACAUGGGCAUUCUUUUUGAGACAUUAACUAACAAUACAUGUUCAGGGUGUAUAAUAUAACAUGGGCAUUCUUUUUGAUACAUUAACUAACAAUACAUGUUCAGGGUGUAUAAUAUAACAUGUGCAUUCUUUUUGAUACAUUAACUAACAAUACAUGUUCAGGGUAUAUAAUAUAACAUGGGCAUUCUUUUUGAUACAUUAACUAACAAUACAUGUUCAGGGUACAUAAUAUAACAUGGGCAUUCUUUUUGAUACAUUAACUAACAAUACAUGUUCAGGGUGUAUAAUAUAACAUGGGCAUUGUUUUUGAUACAUUAACUAACAAUACAUGUUCAGGGUGUAUAAUAUAACAUGGGCAUUCUUUUUGAUACAUUAACUAACAAUACAUGUUCAGGGUGUAUAAUAUAACAUGUGCAUUCUUUUUGAUACAUUAACUAACAAUACAUGUUCAGGGUGUAUAAUAUAACAUUGGCAUUCUUUUUGAUACAUUAACUAACAAUACAUGUUCAGGGUGUAUAAUAUAACAUGGGCAUUCUUUUUGAUACAUUAACUAACAAUACAUGUUCAGGGUGUAUAAUAUAACAUUGGCAUUCUUUUUGAUACAUUAACUAACAAUACAUGUUCAGGGUGUAUAAUAUAACAUUGGCAUUCUUUUUGAUACAUUAACUAACAAUACAUGUUCAGGGUGUAUAAUAUAACAUGGGCAUUCUUUUUGAUACAUUAACUAACAAUACAUGUUCAGGGUGUAUAAUAUAACAUGGGCAUUCUUUUUGAUACAUUAACUAACAAUACAUGUUCAGGGUGUAUAAUAUAACAUUGGCAUUCUUUUUGAUACAUUAACUAACAAUACAUGUUCAGGGUGUAUAAUAUAACAUUGGCAUUCUUUUUGAUACAUUGUAACUAAAAAGUUGAAAAUGUCUGAACAGAAACUGUAUUAUGCUUUGAUAGUUCGUGGAUAUUUUGACCUUGGAGUUGUUCCUUCUCAGAAUAUAUUGCCUUAUCUGAAAUGUAACUGAUGUUGAGUUUUGUGAGAAUUGUGAGUGCCUAGGGAAAACCUUGGAUCAUGCAGUGUUGUGAAUGUUUAUCAGGUACAGACGUAUGUAUGUAUGUUAGUUAUCAUGUUGCUAUUUACCAUUUUAUCUAUUGAAAUGUAUACUUUUGCAGGAUGAAUACAAAGACAUAUUACCAUACUACUGUAUGUUUUACAUUGUAUCAGAAUGGCAUGUUGCUAUUCCAUACAUCAGUCAAUCUGAACCCAGUGGGUUUCUGUUAAACUUGUAUUUUUGUAAUUUUACAAAAUGUUUGAAUAAAAUCAUUUGACAAUG